UUUAUUAAGAAUAAAUAUAGCCUCUUGCUGUGCAAUCGAAGUUGGUAGAGUUCCAGCUAGGCAAGAUGGCGACACCCAGUCAUCGGGUUGGGGGUUUUCCCUUUCUUAAAAAGACUGUUUUCUAUUCGGUGAUUAUUGACACCGGCUAUAUGUGUGUGCAAACGUUCAAGCAAGAAGUAUUUCCAGGAGUUUAAAGUUGUACGCCGUUAUGCUAUUUCACCUAAUAAGAAUAUAUGUAUGUUGUCAUUAGUCAAAAAAGUCUAUUGAAGCCGGAAGCUCUUCAUUGUACAGUAGGGAAUCGUGUCGAUGCUUAGUAGUGACAGAGCUUCAGAAUAGCUGCUAACCAACCUCAUCUUAGUUUUCGUUGAAAAGUAGAAAUUGGAGUAGUCCACGAAAGUACGGUCUAGUGUAGAAGGUGUGACGACUCAACACAAGAACGGCUGAGAAGAAGUAACCUGAAAAGAAUAUUUGCACAAAAUAAACGUAGCAGUUCAGUGAACCCGCUACGAGCUUGAGGUGUUGCCGCGCAAGUGGUGUGUUUCUUCCUUUACGUGUGUGUGCUAGGAAAAUGUAUAAAACAGUAAUAUUCUUCUUAGCAUGGGGGUGUUUUGCGCAAGAUUGGAACCGGCAGUACAUGAAGAAGGAGCAUUCAUUGGUGAAACCGUACCAAGGCUCGGGGAUGAACAUGCCUAAUUGGGACUUCACUGGCACGACAAUGGUAUCAUCUAAUUACAUUCGGUUAACGAGGGAUAGUCAAUCCCAGCAGGGAUCUAUUUGGAAUAAGGUUCCUGUGAAAAUGUACAACUGGGAGAUUCAAAUACAGUUCAAAGUUUACGGGAGCGGAAAGGACCUUUAUGGUGACGGAUUUGCAAUUUGGUACACAAAAGAUCCAUUGCAGCCGGGCCCCGUAUUUGGCUCUCGGGAUCACUUCCAGGGACUAGGUAUAUUCCUUGAUACAUACGCAAAUCAGAAUGGACACCAUAAUCACGGACAUCCAUACAUCAGUGCCAUGGUAAAUAACGGAUCACUGAGCUAUGAUCAUGACAGAGAUGGAACUCAUACGGAAUUAGCUGGCUGUGAAGCCAAGUUUCGUAAUAGUGAAUAUGAUACAUCGGUGUCAAUCCGCUAUGAACAUGACACUCUCGUAGUGUCCACCGACAUCAUGGGCAAAAAAGAGUGGAAAGAGUGUUUCCGUGUUUCUGGGGUUCGACUACCUACAAAAUAUCACUUUGGGGUAUCUGCAGCCACUGGAGACUUAUCUGAUAACCAUGAUGUCAUUGGUAUCAAGGUGUUUGAACUAGAUGGAAAUGAUGCAGGGGAGGUGGAAGCACGUGAAUUCAUUUUGCCUCAGGCAGAGCAUUUCGCCCCGCACAGAGAUCACAUCGAUGACCCACCCCCAGCAAUGAGCGGAACAAAAUUCUUUUUUGUUGUAUUAUUCUCUAUGUUAUUUUUGAUGUUUUGUGGCAUCGGUGGAUGGUAUUUCUACCAAAAGCACCAAGAGAACGCAAGAAAACGAUUCUACUAAAAGAAAGUGUUGUGAAGAGUUUUGGUGCAUAAUAGAGGUUCUUGCUGUGUCGUAUGGAACAGUUUGUCAACAAUGAACAGUUUCGUCUGCUACGAUUCUUUGAUAUCUAUGGAUACGUUAUACCCUGUGAAGAAGCAACAUGCCUGACCUUCUUUUUGAGACUUCACAGCACGAGUUAAAAGGGAAGAAAAACAAAAACAGAUAUUUUGUAAAAAUCGUCGCGACCCUUAAUCCUGAAUGCAAGACAGCACCUUACAGGAAUAAGGGUAAGAUAAGUGGCAUCAUCUGUACACUCCAAAAAUCUAGUUCACCUUCCAACCUUACUUUUUUGCUUUCACCGUAUAUUCUAAAGAGAGAAAUCUGGCCUUUCUCGCAAUUUGUGAUGAUUGAUAGUUAACGACCACUCAGUCAUCAGCUUCUGUUCAAACAAUGAAGACGUUUCUGUCUCUGUAGUCGCUUCUUUCUUUAUCGAGUAUAAACAGUCAGAAAAUGAAAACGAGAAUCGCUCUGUAGUUGCUAUAACCAGUUAGUUCAGAGGUCAGAUUGAGGUUUGCCUUUUAUCAGAGGAGUUCAUUAAAAUGUACACUUGGUGGUUUGAAAAAAUGGAACAAGGCACGAGGUAUCCAGAACCCAGUGCGCUAUGAAUGUAGAACCUAACUUGUUUGACAUUAUUACUACGUCGUAUUAUCGUACGAACAAGAGCAAUACAAAUAAAAAGUAGCGAGAAACCCAGUUAGUUAGCUAUUUCUUAGUAAUAAGCUAUAUGGAACGGUUUUCUGAAAGGAGGUACUUUGGUUUGCUAUUUCUAGUGACCCGUCAGCCAUAUGUGCAAGGUAUCACCGAGGCCAGGUGUAAAUUGUAAUCUUGUUAAUUACGGCGUAGUAGCUUUGAAAAGUGCUUUCCUCCCUAAAGCAUAUGCCGUCACGAAAUUUUAUCUCUUCGCUUGUAUUCCCCAUCGGUGUAAGUAGCAAUUUCGAGGAGAUGCCACCGUUGGACGUAAUCGUACGAAAAUUUCCUAAUUAAAUUUAAUACGAUUAAUGUGUGAAAUUUUGAUAUUGGCCUUCUUUUAUUCAGUGUGAGUGCUAAGGCUGACUGGUUAAAUUUCACGUCGUCAAAAGUGCAUGUUUUUAUAAAUAAAAACCAGAGCGAGUGCCUACCUGCGCUUGAUACUGCAUUGUUAGAGAACUCAUAAGAUAAUCAGUAAAUAAAAGGACUGGGCGUUUAUUUAUCGAAUAUUCUACACGUGCACAAAGGCACUCAUGGAGAUUCAGGUUUCCAGAAGACCAUGCGAACAGGAGUACCCACCAAGACAGAAGGGAUAUUCCAAAUAUAGUCACAAUGCGAUACAUUUAUAUCGGCUGCGCGGUUAUCUUAAUAUAAUCUACGCUAAAGAAGAUUUGCAUAUUGGAACACCGUUCGCGUUGGGGCAAUAUUGCUGUGCAGUGUAAUUGUAAAACGUUGUCAAUAAUCUAAUAAAGGAUCAUAUAAUGUUCGUUAUUUGAUAAACAGUGCAUGAUAUCCUACAUAGUGCAAACAAUAGUGAGAUAGCCUCUAGGGGGGGAUACAAUCAUUGUAUGAAGACAAAACCGUUAAAAUCCAUCCGCCACACGUUCUUUGUUCUCUUAGACCAGGCCAGCGUUUCUAAUCUAAUUUUUGUUGGCAUCUUUAUUGCUAUCGCUGUCUCUACUUUCUAAUAAUUUCAGUAGUUGAACCUCGAUGUGCCAUUUGUUUGUAACAGUUUAAUUAAAUAGAAUGAUGUGGGCUUUAAAAAGGAUCGAAGUUGUCUAUAUACAAUAGUGGACCUUUUUUUUUUUCGAAUAAAGAAGCAGAUAAUAAAACAGAUGUGCGACUGUGUACAGAGUUUAACGUGUUUUGAUAAUGACAGUGGCAAUACUAACAGUAACAGACAGAUGGUCAUUCCAUUGUGUAUUAUAGGUUAAGCUGUGGUCAUAUGUGAAUGUGUGUAAUAGGCGUACAUACCAUGUGAAGCCAGGUACCUUUACUUGAGGGUUUAAUAUAUAAGUGAUGAUUAAAAAGAGAAGUACACUGGCAGAAAAGAUAAACGAGAAAUGAACCAAUAGAAGAUGAAAAAUAAAAAAAAAACACUAUUUAUAUACAAAUU